CUCUAUUUCUCUCAUUCAUUAUUUUAUUCAUACACUUCUUAGUAUCACUGUUCUGCUUUGCUUAACCUCUGACUUAUAGUUCAGGGAUGAAGCAAAAGACUAAUCUGAAGUAGUAGUUAAUUUUCUGUCUUCUUCUAAUUAGUUCAGUCUCACUCACCGUUGACAAUUUCCAUAGGAUUAGUGCAGACAUGUAUCUAGCUGUAUCAUAUCAACAUGUGCUAGGCGUUAAGUAGACAAUUGUUUACCAAUAAUCAUCUUUCAAAAGCGCCGCUACAAUUUAUGCAUUGCAUGGGAUCAGAUAUAAAUAUUAUGUGUUUACCUCUUUGCCUUCUGGAUAUUUACUCUCUCUCUCUGUUUAGCAGUAUUAAUUUGUUAUAUAUGGAUAUAACUAGAGAGGGUUACCCGUGUCUAGAGUAACUGUAUUGACCUCUGUUGUUUUAUUGUUCUCCUUAAGCGUUAAAUGCUGUUUAAAUCAGGAUGAUGUGAUGGUUUUACUUGAUAUAAGUAUUAAAAAGAAUAUGUUGAGGGAGAUGAAUAGUGUUCACAUUACAAUUUUGGGGGUUACGCAAUGAUAUUCAGUGAUAUGGUUGUGAACUUCAUAACUUUACUGGUUUGUCCUAUGCAAUUGUUGACUAGAUUCCCAACAUGUUUGUUGAUACCUUUUAAGGCUUCUAAAAAUCAGACUGGGAGAAAGAGAAAGCAGCCUGUGUCAUCUUCAGGUCCGGCCAAUAGCUCAGGAACAGCAAACACAGCGGGACCCUCCCCAAGUUCAGCACCAUCAACACCAUCAACUCAUACACCUGGAGAUGUAAUCUCAAUGCCUGCGUUGCCACAUGGUGGUAGUUCUUCAAAACCUUUGAUGAUGUUUGGCACUGAUGGUGGUGGCACUCUUACAUCUCCGUCAAAUCAAUUGUGGGAUGACAAAGAUAUUGUGCAGGCUGAUAUUGAUCGUUUCGUGGAGGAUGCAUCUCUUGAUGAUAAUGUUGAGUCUUUUUUAUCUCAUGAGGAUACAGACCCCAGAGAUACAGUUGGUCGUUGUAUGGAUGUUAGCAAAGGGUUCACAUUUACGGAAAUCAAUUCAGUUCGAGCUAGUACAAACAAAGUUGUGUGUUGCCACUUCUCAUCAGAUGGAAAACUGCUUGCAAGUGGUGGCCAUGACAAAAAGGCUGUAUUGUGGUAUACGGAUUCCUUGAAGGCAAAAAGUACACUUGAAGAACAUUCUUCGUUAAUUACUGAUGUCCGUUUCAGCCCCAGCAUAGCACGUCUUGCAACAUCUUCUUUUGACAAAACUGUGAGGGUUUGGGAUGCUGACAAUGUUAGUACACAUAAUCUUUCCUUUCUUACUCCAUUGUGAUUUCGUAUCAUUUUU